GGACUAUUGAGAUUGCAUGAAUAGAUUACUUAUAUUAUGAAAUUGGAUACCUGGAACCGCGCCGUAAAAUCUAGGCACUCAUCUGAAUCUGAAAUAGAUAUGAAUAUUUGGAACUUGGUUUUGUUUACUCACUCAAAUUAGCUUGUGGCGGUAAUUUGCGUGGCUAGUUCUUUGGUCCCGGGCGAUGGCCGACUUUAACAAUCCUUUGCAAAAGUUCAAGCUGGUGUUUUUGGGAGAACAGAGUGUCGGGAAGACGUCCCUCAUAACUAGGUUUAUGUAUGAAACAUUUGACAAUCUGUAUCAGGCAACAAUUGGUAUUGACUUUUUAUCAAAAACUAUGUACCUUGAGGAUCGAACUAUUCGUCUGCAAUUAUGGGACACUGCGGGACAGGAACGUUUUCGAAGUUUGAUUCCCAGCUACAUACGUGACUCCUCAGCCGCAGUUGUUGUUUAUGACAUAUGCAACGCUGGAUCUUUCCAUCAGGCUUCAAAGUGGGUUGAUGACGUCAGAAACGAACGUGGCGGGGAUGUUAUUAUCAUCCUCGUUGGAAACAAAACGGAUCUAUCUGAUAAACGAAAAGUGACUACUGAAGAGGGCGAGCAUCUUGCUAAAAAACUAGAAGUCAUGUUUAUUGAAACGAGUGCGAAGGCUGGAUAUAACGUCAAAGUUUUGUUCCGUCGAAUCGCAACAGAAUUGGUUGAUCAAAAGAGUCCACUUUCUAGACAUGAUGACUUCAUCGAGGUUAAGUUACACGAUGCUUCUAAGGAUACUGAUUUUAACCAACGAGUUUGCUGGUGCUAAGUCACUUAAUUAUAUUGAAUUAAAACCGAUCGAGCCUCCUCAAGAGAACCAGUGGAAAACCUGUGGUUGUUGAAUAUCAAGUCUAUUUGUUCAGAAAUUCUUUUGAAACUUGCAAAGACUUUCACAUACCACAUAUAUAUAUAAUAGCUAUUAUUGAGUGAUCUUUAGCUGUUUUUGACAUUUCAUUUCUCUUCUUGAUUUACUUCGGCAAACGUGGUCUUAAUGUAUUUCCGUACCUAUAAAAAUGAUAUAUUUAUAUCUAUGUACAGCUUAUCUAUUUUCAUUUGGUGAAUUACUAUUUAACUACAGUUCGACUUGAAAUUUCUCUUGACGAAUUUGAGUUUGCUUUGCUAGAAAUCUUUAUUUCUGUUUGCUUUUUUCAGGCCAUAAUUUAUACAACAAUCUGUGAUGCUUUCUUUUAGUAAUUAUAAGCACUUCAGCUUUGUAUUAAACAUUUUGGUGGUUUAUUUCGUAUUUUCCUGUUUAUAUUUGCUGUGAAGAACAUGGUUAGUUAUCAACUUCAUAUCCUUUUGUUGUGCUCACGUAACGUGUGUUUAUAUACCCGGUCUUUUAUUUGUUACAUAUGAGUUAAUAAAUCUUGAAAGCUUUUGUAAAGUUCUACGUAUAAACAAUUUAAUGUUAUCAAUAAUGUCCGCUUUGCUAUAAAUAUAAAACACAGAGAAUUACUUCGUCAUUGA